ACAAAAGUGAGGACGAAAAAAAGAAAGAGAGAGAGAGAGAGAGAGAGAGAGAAAAUAGAGAGAGACAGAGAGGGUGAGACAGAGAUACAUUUAGAGAGUGAGAGGAGAGAGUUUGUGAGUUCUAGCACACUCUCUGUGGCUGAGUCGUUGAAGAGGGAGACGAUGUGGGCUCAGUCACGUUGUGUCAUAUCAUAAAUGUGAAGGCAGGGGACAAGUUUCUGACAACUCAGUCAUGGAAUUUCCCUUCAGACAGAUGGCUCAUCAAUAGUAAAACUCUGCACAGUUGCAGCGCAGGAGGAGAUGGACUAGUGUGAGUGUGCGGCGGAGCGAGGGUGAAAACAGCUGUUGACGGACAGUUUUGUGGAGCUGAGAGAAGGAAAGCAGCGGAGCAGACAACAUCAGGGCUGACUGAGACAGUUUGGACUGGGAACCUCGGAGUGACAGGGGUAACAGGAUUGAUAGACUUCAUGGGGUCAAAGGCUUGAUGUUGAUGUGUGAUCUGUGAUGUCACUCAGGGAGAUGAGCAUGACUGAAGAGUCAUCUCUAUAAAACAUGGCUGUCACGGGUCUCAGCGAGGGGAAGCAGUUGGCUGACACACACACGCUAAACACACUGCGUCUAGAACCAGUGGUCAGGACACACAUCACGCUCUGCGCAUCUCCCGGCCUCACUUCAUGAAGAUGUUAACUUCAGAGCGACAGUGCAGCCCGGGGCCUCCAUAAUCGACAUGGUCAACGUGACGACGUCACCCAGCAGCAAUGCCACCCCAGAGGGUCUGACUGAGGGGGGGCUGGUGGUCCUGGGCCAGAGGGAAGAGUAUGAUUACAAUUACUUUGCCCUGGUGCUGGGCGUGCCCCUCAUCCUGAUCAUCAUCCUGGGCAACGUACUUGUGUGUCUGAGCGUGCUCACUGAGCGCUCCCUGAAGACGGCCACCAACUACUUCAUCAUCAGCCUGUCUGUGGCCGACCUACUGCUGGCUGUACUGGUGCUGCCCCUCUACGUCUACUCUGAGUUCCUGGGUGGUAUCUGGACCCUGAGCACAUACAUCUGUGAUGCUCUGAUGACCAUGGACGUCAUGUUGUGCACUGCCUCCAUCCUCAACCUAUGUGCCAUCAGUGUGGACAGGUACAUAGCAGUGGUGGUGCCCCUGAAGUACAACAGGAACCAGUUCAGCCUGCGGCAGCUGGUCCUCAUUACGGCCACCUGGGUUCUCUCCCUGGGCGUCGCCAGUCCUGUCAUCUUCGGCCUCAACCAGGUGCCGGGCCGCGACCCCACCGUGUGCAAGCUGGAGAACGACAGCUUCGUGGUCUACUCCUCAGUGUGCUCCUUCUUUGUGCCUUGCCCAGUCAUGCUCUUCCUGUACUACUGGAUGUUCCGGGGGUUGAGACGCUGGAGCUCAGGCAGGAGGCGCUCCCAGCUGACGAGGGGAGGAAAACGGGGCCUGUCCCUGCGCCUCAGCUCCGCCCUGCAGAGGGAGAACACAGGGGUCAGGGCGGGGGCCAAGGAGAAGGUGGUGUACCUCAUGCCCUCAGGGCUCAGCCCAAUGUCACCGUCGUCCGUAUCAAUGGCGUCGCCCACAGCGACCCCGGGGGUGGAGGACAAGCAGCAGGAUGGUGUGGGGGCUGGCAUGGCGGAGAGCGACCCCAUGACUACCCAGAUAGAAAGCGUUUCGGACGCGGACCCCACGGAGAAGCUGCCUAGGCAGGGGAGGAGCCGGAAGGAGAAUGGGCUGGCCCACGCUAAGGCCACCAAGAGGGGGCGCCGCAACAGCAAGAGUAGCAGAGUGAGUGGGAGGGAGCGAAAAGCCAUGAAGGUCCUUCCUGUUGUAGUUGGUGUGUUCCUAGCCUGUUGGACACCUUUCUUUGUGGUACAUGUGACCAACGUGCUGUGCGUGUCCUGCAAAAUCAGCCCUACUCUGAUCUCCGUGGUAACGUGGCUGGGCUACGUCAACAGUGCUGUCAACCCCAUCAUCUACACUGCCUUCAACGCAGAGUUCCGAAAUGUCUUUCACAAACUUUUCUGCUGUCGAGCAUGAGGCCUGAGUUCUGGAACCUAUUUGACAAACUAUUCAUUGAGAUAGAAGAACAACUUUCUUUAAGGUUCAAUCUGAGACCU